AUGAAUGUGGGUCCUUCAGCUGAUAACGCUCUUAGUGCCGCACUUGUACAAGAAAAUGACAAAAAGCAAAUUCCUAUUUAUUUUAUCAGUCGAGUACUACAAGACACCGAGAAACGGUAUCAGACAAUAGAGAAGCUGGUUUUGGCAUUGGUAGUUGCAUCUCGCCGAAUUCGCCCAUAUUUCCAAGGUCAUCAGGUUAUUGUAAAGUCGGAUUACCCGAUCAAGCAAAUACUCAGAAAACCCAACCUGGUCGGACGGAUGAUAGCUUGGUCAGUCGAGCUAUCCGAGUACGAUGGAUCCUCUAAUGUGAAAGGCAGUGGUGCUGGCAUUAUUCUUGAAGGGCCAAACGACGUGAUGCUUGAACUUGCUAUCAAAUUCAACUUCAAAGCCACCAAUAACCAAGCUGAAUAUGAAGCUUUGUUAGCAGGUUUAACACUUGCAAAAGACCUUGGCGUUAGGAGACUCAAGUGUUGCAGUGAUUCCAAGCUGAUUACAGAACAAGUUGGAGGAACUUAUCAAACCAAAGAACCCCAACUGCAAAGGUAUAAUCUUAUGAUAUCUCAUCUAACAUCUUUUUUCGAUGCUUUCCAAAUAGAGCACAUCCCAAGAGCGCAGAAUGCAAGGGACGACCUGUUAUCAAAACUUGCCAGUACUAAACGUCCAGGCCAACAUCGGACGAUCAUCCAAGAAAAAAUAGCGGCCCCUAGUUGCCAAGUUACAGCAGUCUUUGCCAAUAGUUCUUAUCAGCAAGGUUGGAUGGCCGAUAUUUGGAAAUACCUCAAGCAUGGCAUCUUACCAGAUAACAAGGUGGAAGCUUCUAAAGUUAAAAACAAGUCGUGCAACUUUACAAUCGAAGCCGACGAGUUGUUCAAACGAGGUUUCUCCAUGCCUCUCCUCAAAUGCUUAGACACAGAUCAAGCCAAAUAUGUGAUGGACGAGAUCCAUCGAGGUAUUUGUGGUAUGCACUCCGGAGCUCGGUCCAUGGCUGUAAGGGUGAUCCGAGAUGGCUACUAUUGGCCAACUAUGAGAUCAGAUUGUAAAGCAUAUGUACAAAAAUGUGAAGCUUGUCAGAAAUUUGGUAACCUACAUCAGUUACCCGCAACAGCACUACACUCAAUGCAAUCAGCGUGGCCUUUUGCGUGGUGGGGUAUGGACAUACUCGAUCCUUUGCCAAUUGCCAAGGGUCAAUUGAAAUUUUUGAUUGUAGGGAUUGAUUACUUCACAAAGUGGAUUGAAGCUGAACCUUUAGCACGAAUUACAGCAACUAAUGUGCAACGGUUCACGUGGAAGAAAAUCAUCUGCAGGUAUGGCCUACCUCAAGCAAUCACCAUAGAUAAUGGCAAGCAAUUUGUAGACAAAAAUUAUGAACAAUUUUUGACGCAACUUGGGAUCAAUCACAAAGUCACCUCAGUAGAACACCCACAAACAAACGGCCAAGCUGAAGCAGCGAAUAAGGUGAUUCUUCGAGAACUUAAGAAAAGGCUAGGAUCGUCAAAAGGAGAAUGGGUUCCAGAAUUACCUAGUGUUUUGUGGGCGUACCAUUACACACCGCAGACCACCACUCAAGAGACUCCUUAUAGGUUAACCUACGGCUCAGAUGCAAUGAUACCUGUUGAAGUUGGUGAACCAAGUCACAGAAGAUUGACGUUUGAUGAAUCUCAUAAUGAAGUGCAAUUGAACAUAAACCUCAACUUAAUUGAGGAGACAAGGGAGUGUGCUAGGGUGCAAGAAGAAGCAUGUAAGCUCCAAGCUGCGAGAUGA